CGUCCGCAGCCUAGCAGCAGAGAAGACGGCGUAAACAAAGCAGAGAGCAACAAAUCAGCUAACGCUAAGUAGCUAAUGUUUCGUGAGUAAAACACCUAAUGUAACUGCAUUUUGGCUAUUUAAGAAAAACUGCUUUAUUGUAUCGGUGAGCACAGCUUUUUUUCAUGUGGUAACAGACUCAUCCAUGUGCUGGGACUCAAACUAAACGAGUUUACAAGAUACCGUUAUUGCUAGCUGCAUUAGCUUUAGCUAGCCUGAGAUAACGGGACGCUGAUUUUGUAAUUCUGGAAAUCGAUGUUUUCUAAAAUAACGUUUAUCGGUAACACAUGGUAACGGAUACUUGAAAAAUCAGCGCUGUUCGAGGCAAUCAUUGUAAAAACUGACAACAAUGGUGCCGUCACGAUUUAGCUCGCUAUGUAGCUAAUUUAGGUUAAGAGUCGAUCAGCUGGGUGAACGAGGCUGGAUCGUGGUGUGACGCUCCUGGCUGGAUGACCACUUGUCUGCAGUCAUCUGGACUCGAACUGCGAUGUUUAGCCUGAUGGCGAAUUGCUGCAACUGGCUAAAACGUUGGCGAGAGCCCGCCAGGAAAGUGACUCUGGUGAUGGUGGGACUGGAUAAUGCGGGGAAAACAGCCACCGUACGAGGAAUCCAAGGAGACAAUCCCCUGGAUGUGGCUCCAACAGUAGGUUUUUCCAAGGUUGACCUGAAGCAGGGCAAGUUUGAGGUGACCAUCUUUGACCUCGGCGGCGGGAAGAGAAUCCGGGGCAUCUGGAAGAACUACUACUCUGAGUCACACGGUGUGGUGUUUGUGGUGGACUCGAGCGAUGUCCAGCGGAUCCAGGAAACGCGGGAGACCAUGGCCGAGGUCCUCCAGCACCCACGCAUCGCUGGCAAACCUGUGCUAGUGCUUGCCAACAAACAGGACCAGGAGGGAGCGCUGGCUGAAGCAGACAUCAUUGAGAACCUGUCGUUAGAGAAGCUUGUCAACGAGAACAAGUGUCUUUGUCAGAUUGAGCCAUGCUCUGCAGUCUUAGGUUAUGGCAAGAAGGUUGACAAGUCCAUCAAGAAGGGCCUGAGCUGGCUCCUCAACAACAUUGCCAAAGACUACGAGGCCAUCACUGAGCGCGUGCAGAAGGACACGGCUGAGCAGCGUGCCCAGGAGGAACAGGACAAGAAGGAGCGGGCGGAGAGAGUACGGCGGAUACGGGAGGAGAGAGAACGACAGGAGCGCGAAGAGGCAGAACGAGAAGGCAGGCUGAUUCAAGAAGAGGAGCCCGAUGAUGAAAACAUGCCCAGUCCCUUCCAGCCAAUCAGCAACGUCAUCUCAGAGAACGAGGACAAAGAAAAGGAGAGGAAGAGGCAAAGAGAGCUGCAGGAAGGACGUACCAACAGCCCCAAGGCAGAUGUUGAUCAAGAGGAAGAGGACUAUGAGGACAAUGAUGAAGAGCCAGACGACUCGAGACAAACGCCAGAAAAUGCCAGUUCAACUACAAUAGGCGAGCAAAGCAAGAAGAAGAUGAUGAAGCUGCACCUGAAGAGGAAACACCGGGUGGACCCGCUGAGGGUAGAGGAUGGACCAGCAGAGAGCCCCACCCCUCCACCUCCUCCAGUGGGAUGGGCUACACCCAAAGUUUCUAGGCUGCCAAAACUAGAACCACUGGGGGACUCGAAACAUUCUGACUUUUACAAGAAGCCUCUCCCGCCUGUUGCAAACAGGCCUCGGCCUAACGGCGACGCUCAUGACAUCAUUUUUUAAACCCCUUUACCGACCAAUCACAGCUUCUCCCCUUUUUGCUUUCUGUCUCAAGCGAGCGGUGUGUAGACGGCUGAAACACACAGAUGACUCAGGAAGUGUGGGAGCCAGCGAGCAGUAAGAAGUGCGACGGAUGUGAAAACACAGGAGCAUCAUAGGAAAUGAGGUCCUGCUCAGAAGCUGUAAUUUGUUUUCACAAACUGACACAAUUCAGUGUGAAACAUUGAACCUGACAGAUGAUUUUAAUCAGGUUCUGUCCUCACUCAACAAAAGCACGUUUGUUGCUGACAACUUUCCACUACUGUAGACUGAAACUUUAUUUUUUAUUGUUAAAAUCAGUGUUAGACAGUUUGGGCUCCAUUUUGUCCAACUGAACUGCUUUUAAUUGACAAGGAAUGUAAAUAUGUUAAUUAUAACCAUAUAUACAUAUAUAUGUUUAUGUCUGUUACUGAAUAAUGGAUUCGUAUACACGCCGCCAUUAAAAUGUUCCAUAUUUUAUUCAUUUAUUUUUUCAUCUGCAGUUUUGUAGUAGACUGAGGUGCAUAUGAUAUUGUGGAUGCAUCUGAAUAAGGGUCAAAAGGGAGAGUGGCUUUUUAAGUGGCAUUUUACAGCUGCGUGCUUUAAAUGUGAUCUUUUUAAAAUCAGAAAUAUUUCCCUCUUUACAAUGGUGGUGUGAAAUGAGGAUGAAUCACAGCGGUUGAAACAGGUGAGUUGUAGAUGUAAUUAGCUGUGCGACACUGUACUGUACAUGGAAAAGUGUUACACUACAUGAGGAUUGUUAACUGGUCAAUUUCACUUAAUUACUGCACAGUUUUUAUGGCCAUGAAAAGAAAAAGGCAGAUUUUUUUGUCUCUUGCCAGCAGCAUCGUAAAAAAUCUUUUUUAAAAUGGAAAACUCUGAAAAUAUGUUUAUCUUUAUUUGUCUACAGGGCUACAGACUUUUUACGCAUUCUGCUGUUCACACUGUGUACCUGUUUUUAAAGUGAUAUUUCUCUCGAGGCAGGAAUCAGCCUCAGACAUGCUGCCUCUCAGGUGGCCCUGAGGUGUGAGCCAGCACCGUUGUUGUUCCAGCUUUUCUGACUCUUGUCUUCUGCACCCAUUUUCCACUUUGAAAAUAGCUGAAAAUAGCUAAAAUUGCAUCUCAAAAAGCACAAACGCAAAUCUGGAAGGGGAAAAAAAUCAUAGUUGGAACACUACAUUGCCCCAGUUAAGUUUUAUGUUGGAAGAGUUUGCAGUGGGACGAUGAGGGAGGAGAACGUAUCAUUACACCGACACCUGGAACAGCUAGUAUUGGGUCAGAACACAUGAGAAUAUUUGUAGCAACACUAAAAACAUGAAAUAUCACUUUAAAACCACAAUAUUGUAUUUCAAAGCUAAAGUACAACACUCACUCUCCUGUUAAUGAGCUAGAUGUUUGAAAAAUAUUUUUUCUACCCUGUUUGAAUUUUAUAACAGCACAAUUAAAGAUGUUUUAAAUAUA